AUGGCAACCAGUCCGCCAAACUUCUCAGACCUCCUCUUGACGAGAGUUCCCCCGUUUCAACCUGAUCAGGACAAAAGCUCUUCAGGUCUCCCUCAAUUAGCUAUUUCACGAGGUUCCAAUGCUUUGUUCUUCGUGACCUGUCUAGCCCUCUUUCUCCUUGUCUCAGCUACAGAGAUCUUCAGUUAUGUGACCCUCGCUCUAUGCCUUCAGCUUUGUCCCGGAAUUCGGGAGAGACAGCAGCAGUCAAUACUCCAAUUGAUCAGCCUGAGGAGCUCCCAACAUGUGCUGGAGCGAUUACUCGAAGAACUCUCACGAACCAGUUCGCCAUAUCAACCAGGAUGCCUCACAAGACUUGGAGAGAAGAGAGGCGAGCUGUUCGGAGAACCUUUGAAGCCUUUGUGUAUCUCAGAAGAACGCCACCAUUUGACACCUCCUAAAGACCUCUGGCCGCAGAAAGGGUCUCGUUAUCACCACUAUCCCUGCACCCCGUCCAGAAAACCCAAGCCACUGAAACGCGGCGAACUUGGUUUCCUAUCUCGUUCGGGGCCAGCUCGAGGCAGCGAUCCUGGACCCUCGCCACUACCACACAAUAGACCAAGACCACUUCUCCAACAAUCGUCUCGCCUUCCUCAAGGUUCUGGUAGCCGGAUUGGGCAUUCGUCCCAAAGAUCUAUUUAUAAAGGACACCCUCUGCGCCAACAACUGUAUCCUAGUCAGCCUUAUCGCGCCCAACUGCCCACCCCGCUCGAAGCGCCACGCCCCCCCUCAGUUCCAACGCCACCGCAAGAUCAUUUAUCACAAGCUGCAGCACCCCGAACUGCGAUCCAGACGUCCUCGUCCGCUGUCGGCAUCUCCCCAAAUAUUCGCAGGCUGUCGGACCAACCGACAGCAAGCCCAAAGCAACAAGAUAUUCAUAUUUUGCCUGGCCUUCCUCUUACUGGUGCCUCCGAAUAUCUGCAGCCUCAGCGAACAGGGCUGGGUCCAAUCUCAAAGAGCAUCCAGGCUUCUUUCACAGCUGGUGUACACCUCCGAACCACCACAGAAUCUUUGCGCCGGCCCGACAUCGAGCCAGAGGGAAUCACCUAUGCGGGAGGAGAUACUCCCAAAAAGAGAAAAAGAGACACGCAGAGCUCGUCGCGCCCUCAAUACAACGCUUCGGGUGUGCAGAACAUUAAUGAGAAUGAGGAAUCUCAAGAUUCUUCUUCAGAGCAUGAUUCCGAAUCUCCCGAUGAGGACGAAAAUCCGAAUCCGAACCCAAAUGAGAAGACAACGUCAAAGAGCAAAGGGAGGGGACCAUUCUUCCGAUGCCCGAUGUACUCUGCUCAUCCUCAGAGGUAUGAUGAUACAAAGUGCAAACACUGGCACGGUAGCUCCAUUGCAGAUGUGACUCGGCAUUCCCUCAAAGAUGCGGGAGAAGGCUCAGAUAAGUGGAAGAAGAUCAAGAAGCUAUCAAAGGCAAAACUCAGUCCCAGAGAGCGCUGGAAAAAGUACUUCGUGAUUUUCAAUGACGAGACUCAGACAGAUCGAAUGAAUUACCCAUAUUGGGUCAAUGGAGAUGCGGAGGACCAGGUGACUGAUUUCUUGAGGAGCAUGAUGGACCAAAUGAAAUCUGAUCUCAAUCCAACAUUGGGCUUGAUGAAGGUUCAGCAAUACUACAACAUGUUAAUGGAAAAGAAGCAAAGAGACGACGUCAUCAGGCUCCAAUACCAGGAAGAUAAGACAGCUGCAAUGAGACGAGAGGUCAAGGAUUUAGAAACCUCGCGGUCACAGCUUACCACCCAGUUCGAAGCACUCGUUAGCCCCGAAAAUCCAGAAGCAAUAUCAUCCGCCUCCAUGUUCCCCAGCGAGAGUCAAUGUUACGCCCUGACAGGGCUCACGACGCCGAGUGUCAUGCCUGAAGUCUAUGUGCACAAUCUUGAUACACAAUUUCCUGAAGCUGGACCGGGUUUCAACCCAUUCAUGAUGCAGACAGGACCACCUCCGAUAUGCGGAGAUCAUUACUCUACACCACAACCCCUCGUCAACAAAGUCAGAUCGGCCACAGUCAAUACCAUGGUUGGUGGUGCCCAUACUACUAAUACCAUCAACGAUACCUUGCAGUCAUACGACCAACAACCACAUAUGCUGGGCCCUCCGCAGGCUUACAUGCCCUCUGACUCUGGGCUUGGCUCUUCCAGGCGAAGUGCACACCGGUCUAUCAGUUCGGCCAACUCUACUGAAGACAACGGCUACAGUUAUAGCUUCAACAACGGUGUACGACCGAUUGAAGACACUUCUCCAUUUGACUUUGAGGCGCAAAAUAAGUUUAGCAGAAAUCCAUAUCUGCGGCAAUUAGGGAGACACUGA